AUGAGCGAUGCGGUUGGUUUUUUCAAACGUAUGGACGAUCGUUGCACUUACAGCUUGCCUGUUCAAUCUAACUUAGCGGAAUCACCCGUUCACGUCUCGUGUAGGGAAAGGGAUGCACCCAGGUCAGUGAGCGCCACCCAGGACCGUGAACGCCAUGAAAACGGCCUUGAUGCAUCGCCAAACGCCGUGAGUAUCCAACACCUGUCCGUCGACGGACAACAGACGCGAACACGAACGCAAACGGACGCCAAAAACUGCGAAAACCAUCCCGAACACCAAAACGAUCAACACGUCGGCCAAGACACCCGCGAAUGUGGGCAGCCCACCCCACCUCUAAAAUUGCCCCUCCCCUUGUCGUUGUCGAGGGAUGUGGGUGUACAGAAAACCUCGAAGCAGGAACACAGAGCCAACGCGAAGACCGCUCGCAGCUCCACCAUCGACCCACGAUACGGGAACAUCGACGGCUAG